AUGAAGGAGAUUAAACAAGUUGAAUAUAAUCAAGAGCUUCCAAAAUUUGAAAAGCUAAGCGAAGAAACAUAAAGCGAUGACAAGGCUGUUCAUCUUUGCAUGCACUAAAUGUGUACUGAUGUGCCAUAUAAUGCGAAUAAGAAGAAUAAAAGUGUUGCAUAUUUAGGUAGUUUUGAUGAGGCACCCGAUUAUAUGAAGGAUAACGCCUACAUACUUACAGGCUACAGAAUUAACUUUAAUACAUAUAAAAAAUCACUUUAGUCAGCAUUUAUGUUUUCUAAUAACGAAUUCAGUAAUAUUUGGAGUCAUUUUAUUGGAAUUAUCAUUUCUGUCUGCUUAAUUAUUACUGUGUCUAGCUUUAUAGCACAGAAUGAUGUAGGAGUGAUUUAAAAGACGAUUUAACAAUUAGACAAUAUUUACAACAGCUACGAGUCAUAAAUUGAGGUGUAAGCUAAAAUUAAUGGCAAGUCUUCAUAAGAGAAACUGUUUAAUUCGCUUUUAAACUCAUUUGAAGAAAAAGAUAACUACUUAAAAUAGAUUCAAGUCUUUGAGCACAUUCUCUAAGAAGUGUCAAAUUUAUCAAAGAAAACUCCUAUUUCAUAACAAUAAAAAUAAAGGAUAGACUAGGUCUAUUUCUCUUUGAAAACUAAAAUUACCAAACAAUUACAAACAGAUAAUCUUGAUUGGGUCGAUGUUUACAAGAUAUUUGGGAUCAAUAGAUCAGAAGUAAAAGAACGCAGAGUUUCAGAUCCAAGACAGAUAUCUAAAUGGCCAGUUUUCUUUUACCUUUUGAGUUCUAUCGGCUGCUUCUCUGGUAGUGUGCUAUAUCAUACUUUCAAUUCUAUGAAUAAAAAAUUGCAUUACUUCUUACUUAGAUUAGACUACGCAGGUAUUUGCUUUGUACUUUUAGGUGGCAGUGUUCCUGUUAUUUAUUAUGGCUUCUACUGUGAUUCUGCAUUGCUUUAUUUCUAUUUAUUAUUAGUUAUUUUCUUCUGUACUUCUGUUUUUAUCAUUUCUCUAUUCGAUUUCGUUCAUUCACAAAAAUAUAGAAAGCUUAAAGGAAUGCUUUAUGGUUCAUUAGGCUUAGCAGUUUCAAUCCCCCUUUUCCAUCUUUUUUAUAGAUACUAAUUUUUCAAUGAUGAAGAUAAUGAUUAUCUUUCUUUGGCUCCUGCCAUUCCUUAUUACAUAUUAUCUGGUUCCUCUUUAUUAGGAGGACUUUGCAUUUAUUUAGCAAGAUGUCCUGAGCGUUUCUCUCCAGGAAAAUUUGAUAGAAUUGGAAAUUCACAUAAUCUCUGGCACAUGUGCGUUGUUUCAGGGAUCAUUUUCGGGUAUAUGUUUGGAUUAGAAAACUAUUAUUCUAGAAAAUAAACUUUCUGUUAUUUAAAAUGA